AUGGCCACUCAACUGAUGGGUGAAGCCCUCCACGCCGUGCUUCGGCGGGCGGCGGAAGAUACAGAUCCCGAUGAUUCGCCCGAAGCGGGCUCGAAGGAGAUUACAAGCUCAUGGGCGCUGUUUAUCAUGAUCAUGCUGUUGAUGUUCGCUCUGUUCACGAGCUACAUCCUCCAGCAGAGGAAGAUCCAAGCUGUCCACGAGACAGUGCUGUCGAUUUUCGCCGGGAUGUUUGUCGGACUGGUCAUCCGCGUAUCGUCCAAGUCCAACCUCCAAGAUAGCGUCGCGUUUGACUACCAAUUCUUCUUCAACCUCCUCCUACCCCCCAUCAUCCUCGCUUCCGGCUACGAGCUCCACCAAGCGAACUUCUUUCGACAUAUCGGUACAAUCCUCACCUUCGCGUUUGCCGGCACCUUUAUCUCCGCUAUCGUGCUCGGGCUAGUACUGUACCUCUGGACACGAAUCCCGCUGGACGGGCUCAACAUUUCCUUCGUCGAGGCGAUCUCCGUCGGUGCAACGCUAUCCGCUACAGAUCCGGUUACCAUCCUUGCCAUCUUCAACCUCUACAAGGUCGAGCCAAAGCUUUACACGGUGAUUUUUGGCGAGGCGCUCUUGAACGAUGCCAUCGCUAUUGUCCUUUUCGAGACAGCGCAGAAAUAUGCGGAUAGUGACGCCAGCUCGCUGACUUUCUUGAACCUGUUCGAGGCUGGUGGGCUGUUCUUGCUCGUUUUCUUUGGCAGCAUGUUGGUCGGCAUUGUGGUUGGGAUCGCUACUGCGCUGGGACUCAAGUACACCCUAGUCCGACGCAUGCCCAAGAUUGAGAGCUGCCUGAUUGUUCUCAUUGCCUACGCCAGCUACUUCUUCUCCAAUGGCGUGCAUUUAUCCGGCAUCGUGUCUCUUCUGUUCUGCGGAAUCACUUUGAAGCAUUACGCUUACUAUAAUAUGUCGCGCCGGACCCAGUUGACCACGAAAUACCUCUUCCAGGUGAUGGCGCAGUUGUCGGAGAACUUCAUUUUCAUCUACCUUGGACUGGACCUGUUUGUUGAGUCCAACCUGCAUUUCAACCCACUUUUUAUUCUAGUGUCCGUUUUCGGCAUCUGUCUUGCGCGCUACCUCGCCGUGUUUCCUCUUUCGAAGGCCAUCAAUUGGUUCAUCCGUUACCGAGCUCGGCGUCGCGGCAUGGAAGUCGCCGACGAGCUGCCUUUCGCCUAUCAAGCGAUGCUCUUCUGGGCCGGUCUACGUGGCGCUGUCGGCGUUGCGCUGGCCGCAGGUCUUUCUGGCGUUAAUGCGCCCACUCUGCGAGCGACGGUCCUGGUUGUUGUUGUGUUGACCGUGAUUAUUUUCGGUGGCACGACGGCGCGCAUGUUGGAGAUUUUGGGUAUCCGAACUGGAGUUGUCGAGGAGAUUGACUCGGACGACGAGUUCGAUAUCGAGGUCACCCACGGUGGUACCUAUUACAAACGCUCUGAUACCGCUCUCGGCUACACCCCCCGCCGAACCGACUCCGCUAUCCCCCUCGAUGGAGUUGGUCAACCCACACGUGCUGGCCUCGGUGAUCGAGCAGACAGCUACUCAACCGGCAACAACCGCCGCCCCAGCCCGCCCCACGGCCACACCCGAAUGUACUCGGCGGCCUACAGCCCCAAGGACGCCCAAUCGCGACGGGAUCGCUCAUCCGCCGCAACCCUUCUCAACGGCGGCCCUGCCCCAAGCAGCCGAAGCAUCAGCAGCGGCGGCAGUGACGAUGAAUUCGGUCUCCCUCCCGCAGGCAAGAACCGCACCAACCAAGUCGCCCACCCAGACGAGUUCGACUUAGACCUAGACGCCCUCUCAGACGACGACCUUCCACCCGCCGCAGGCGGCGCAUCGCGUCUCCGCCGCACAUCCUCCCACCCUUCGCCUGGCACGCACACACCCUCGCCGAACGCCGCGUCAGCCAGCGUCUCCCCCGCCCGCCGAGAACAAGGCAUGAGUGCGCGUGAUGCUCUUCGAGACCUGUGGUCAGGCGGUCCGUCAGGCGACCAUGCUGCAUGGUUCCGGCAGCUCGAUGAAGGCUAUAUUAAGCCGAAACUGCUGCUUGAUCAGUCAAAUCAUAAGGGGCCCGGUGCGGUUUGA